AUGUCUUCCACUACUGCCUCCGGGCAAUUACCUCCGUCUACUUCAACGACCACCUCUUCCUCUCCUCCCAUUCCAACCAUAACUAGUCCUCUCUCUUCUUCCUCCUCUAAUUCCCUCUCAACCACAACAACAACCAUUACAUCCUCCCAUCAUUUUCAUCAUUCCAAUCCUCACGGCACAACAACGAUCGGAAGAAAAUCCCCAUCCGUCAUUUCUCUCACUUCAGAUGUCAAUUCCAUACCAUCAUCGUCAUCAUCAUCAAAUUUAGAGUCAUCUUCUCAGCAACAACAACAACAACAUUAUCAACAUUCGAGAAAUAUUUCCUCUUCAUCGACUGGGUCAUCAAAAGUCAGAACGCAUCAUCAUCACACCCGAACCGAGUCUUUGUCCAAUUUGUAUUUGGAAGCUCAUUUAGAAGCACAACAAAUAUUGGAGAAUAAUUCGGCACAAUCAUUAUCGAUCUCUGGAGCUGACAAGAUUCAUUAUAAAAUUGUGGUACUAGGAGAUGAACAAUCUGGAAAAACGUCACUAAUCAAUCGAUACAUUUCCAAUGCAUUUGAACGAACCUAUACACCAACCAUCAUUGAAUCGUUUUCAACUAGUAUUAAUAGUAAUCAAACAGAUUUCCAUUUAGUUUUGUGGGAAUUGAGUAGUUUAGAUAGUUAUGCAGAGAUGAGACCGUUAUCGUAUAGUAAUGUCGAUUUAUUUUUCUUGUGUUUUGACGUGUCACGACCCGAGACAUUAAGAAGUAUCAAAAAGAAAUGGAUUCCUGAGAUUACUAAAUAUUGUCCUGAAGUUUCAUAUCUCGUUGUGGGAUGUAAGACGGAUUUGAGACGAAUUUUUCCAUCACAGCAAAAAAGUACUAGUGGCAAUCGGAAAUCAAUUAUUCAUCGAACUUCACUAAAUUCUUCUCCAGUGUCGGCAUCUGCAUCGUCGACACCUCCUAAGACAGCUAAGAGUGACUCGAAUUUAUCAAUGAGAGAAUUGGAUGAAUUGAGUGGAAGUAUGGGUUCUGAUUAUUCCUUCUCCUCGUCGAAUUAUGAUCGACCCAUGACCGCACGACCACACACUCGCCGAUUGGAUAUCACCAGUAGCGGUGGUGGUGGUGGUAGCUUUUCAAACUCGAGGAGUUCCAUGAUGAAUGAAAGUCGAGGAAAUUUAUCACCAACAGGUUCGUCAUCAAGUCCAUCCUCAUUUGUGAAAAAGAGAAAUAUUGGGCUCAGUAUUUUGAAUGCAUUGGGAAAGUCCAAAGAUGGAAUUGUAGGGGCCACCAAUUCACCUCCUUCUCCUGUAAAUAAUCGAAAUUCUCCACUAGCUCUAAAUUCAACAACAACGGAUGGAUCGAAUGGUAGUACGGUCGAUAUUGUAAUUGAUUCCAAUGAGAUUGAAAUUGAUUUUUCACCAUCUAAAGAAAAACAGCAAGAUCAGCCAACAAACACGUCACCCAAUCGAUCUCGAGGUUAUUCAACCAAUCGAUCUCGUUCCAUGCCAACCAAAGACUCUUGGACCAAUUAUUUUAGACAUUCAGUGUCAGCAGAAAAAUUUGAAGCUGAAUUUCUGCCAAAAACUCCACGAGAGCUUUUUAUGGAAGAAGAUUGUGACACAAUGUCUCCUCGUGAUUCGAUUGCCUUGCCAAAUAAUGGUGAAUCUGUUUCAUAUAUAGAAGCAAGAAAAUUUGCAACAAAAGUUCAAGCAUGUGGAUAUAUUGAGUGUAGUGCUAAAAUUACUCUAGAUUUUAAAGCAGUGAUCAAUGAUGGAUUUACACAAUUUUUGGAGAAUCGAACAAAAAAGAAAAAGAGCUGUGUGGUCAUGUAG